UUAGACGCAAACAAUUUAUUCUGUGUAAGAAGUUGAAAACAUAAGGAAUCUAUGGUAUUAUUGAAAAUUAUCCCUUUUAUAAUUAUGUUCUAAGUUUUAUUGUUGAAAAUACCCAUUUAUUAUUGAUUAAGGUUGUUUUACCAACACAAAAUGACUUCAAAACAGUUGUUUAGCUCAUUUUACCGGUUUAAAAAUGGUUACAAAUAUAGUAAUAAACUUUUAAAUAGUAUCAUUUUAUCUAAUUUUUCCAGCAAGUCACAUGACCGAGAAAUAACUAAAGAAUUAAGUAAUAAGUUUUUUGCUAAGCCUGUACAAGAUAUAUUAGUAAAGCUUACUCAUGUAAAUAUACAAAAAGCAUUUAGAAAACGUUUUAUUGGACAAGAUCCUGAUACUCCAAUUUAUAAAUUUAUGACUACUGCUGAAGUUGAAAAAUUACAAGUUGAAGUGAAAGAAAAAGCUAAGGAAAAAAUUCAAAUGCCACCAAUUGUACCACUCCGUACCGAUUUAGGAGAAGUCUUAGAAGUUGACAGGGAUAUAAUUGGUUUUGAUAGUGCUAAAUUUGUAUUUACUGAUAUUACUUUUGGUAUAUCUGAUAAGAGUCGAAUAGUUGUAGUGCGGGAACCCGAUGGGACAUUACGAAAAGGUAAUGCUAAUGAACGCCAUACGGUAAAUCAAUUAUAUUUUCCUCAAUCAGGAAGAGAGUUAAAGCAUCCAGCUAUGUUUGAAGAUAAAAACUUAAAGCCCUUACUUGAAAAUGGUGAUUAUGAGUUUAUAUUGGAUCGUGCAUGUUGUCAAUUUGAACCAGAUGACCAAAAUUAUCACCGUGUUGUAUUCAGUACUUAUCAACAUGUAGAUCAAACUCAAAAAUAUCAGAUUUUAGAGUCAACGAGGCAUUUAGGACCAUUAUUGUUCUACUUAGUUUUUAAUAAAAGGCCAGAUAACUUUUUAAUGUAUUGUCUACAAACUGAAAGAUUUGAUGAUGUAAUAUUAUUCAUUCAAUUAUAUUCAAAGUUAAAUCAAGGAAUGGGAACUGAAUUAGAAAAUGAUCAGUUUAAAAUAAUUGAGAAUUUUAUUGAUGUAGAAUGUACUGAAAAAGAACGUUUAAAAGAAGCAUUAAAAAGUUAUAUUAAUAGAAAUAGUGAAGUUGAAUAUAAAUCAAAUUAAAUAAUA